AUGGGGCACUACUGGGAAUCCGAGAGGGGCUUCCGAUCACGGUUCCCCCCCCACUUUGCCUGCAGAGAGAGGAAGCAGAUGAAGAUCGCUGGCGACACGGAGAACAGCGCCGACCAGACUCACCUCGCUCCGUGCUGGCCGAUCGCGCCGCGGUCAUCUGAUUUCCCAAAUCCGAGGUCCAAGGUGGGAGGGCCUUCCGGGAGUAAGAGGCGAGGACCCCUCGUGUGCGAAGCGGAGAAGAAGAGGCUCCGGAGGUUGGCGACCUACAAUGCCUAUGCCGUCGAGGGCAAGGUCAAGGCCUCCGUCGUCCGGGGCAUCCGCUGGGUGAAGGAAAAAUGCUCUGGCCUGAUCCACCUCCGGUAA